AAGCGACGAAAAGGAGCAGCAACGGAGAGGCUACCGGUCUGGUGCAUGCUGGGAUACGCGAGAUAUUAAUCAUCACUUAUUCCUGGUGGAUUCGGGGCAUGGUUUCUGUCUUCAAAAGCUUGCCAAUCACUGGCAAAACCUGUUGGCGGCCCAGUUUUAGUUUCACCAGUGAGAUAUCUUCUCUCAAAAUGACUCUCAAGGACCAUGGGCUACAUUUUUUCCGCAGUGCUGUGGAUGCAGUCCUGCCGGGGCCGAUACUGAAAAGGGCCUUGGUGCUAGAACCAGGUGGACGCCCCAGACUUUUGCUACAUGGCCGUCCUUUUGAACUGAAGAGAAAUCUAUACCUGGUUGGCUUUGGAAAGGCUGUUCUGGGCAUGGCAGCAGUGGCUGAGGACAUCCUCGGAGGCUACCUCACUCAGGGAAUAAUCAGUGUUCCUCGAGGCAUCCAAGAAACUCUGCGACAUGCAGGAAUGAGGGAAAUGUUGCUGAAGCCGCACAGCCGAAUCCAAGUCCUGGAAGGAGCAAGGGACAACCUUCCUGAUCAAGAAGCUUUGGAGGCAGCCAGGGCCAUAUUGGAAUUAGCCAAGAGUCUCACAGCAGAUGACCUUCUCCUGGUACUAAUUUCAGGAGGUGGUUCUGCCCUUUUACCUGCGCCUAUCCCUCCUGUCACCCUUGAAGACAAGGCCACCAUCACCAGGUUACUUGCUUUAAAAGGAGCCACCAUUCAAGAGCUGAAUACCAUUCGAAAGGCUCUCUCUUUGUCAAAAGGUGGGGGGCUGGCCCAGAUCGCUCAUCCUGCCCAGGUGUUGAGCCUCAUCCUCUCUGAUGUCAUUGGAGAUCCAUUGGACAUUAUAGCAAGUGGCCCGACUGUUGCCAGUUCUCACAGCAUGCAGGACUGCUUUCAGAUACUGGCCAAGUAUGAUGUAUUGGACACCUUGCCAAAGUCUGUGUUGACAGUCCUCUCUAGCUCUGUCACAAAGCACAGCACCCAGAAAAACUAUUCCCAUGUCUGCAAUGUUGUGAUUGGAUCCAACAGGCUAGCUUUAGAGGGAGCCAAAUGCCAGGCAGAACAGUUGGGUUACCUGACUAUACUUCUGAGUGAUGCUGUGGGUGGGGAAGUCAGCACUGUUGCCCUUUUCUAUAGCCUAUUGAUUCAGUUUGUGUGCUUGAGCAUUAUAAACGAUGCUGGAAACAGACCUUUAAGAGAUUCUGUGAAAGAAAUGCUCACAAGCAUUGCAGGACAGCUGGAGAUUCCAGUCUUGAGCCUGAUAGACCCUCUAACAACAAUGAAAGAAACCCAUGCGGAAAACCCCAUUUGUCUUAUGGCAGGUGGAGAAACCACCGUGCAGAUUCAAGGAAGUGGGAAGGGUGGAAGGAACCAGGAACUGGCUCUGCGAGUGGCCUUGGAACUGCACAGAGCUAAAUCCACUAUGGAGGGAAGCUAUCUUAGUAAAUACGAAGUCAUGUUUUUGAGUGGUGGAACUGAUGGACAAGAUGGGCCAACAGAGGCUGCUGGGGCCUUCUGCAGCCAGGAUCUGGUGGAGGAGGCUGAGCAGGAAGGCUUUGACGUGGGAAGCACGUUGAGCAAUAAUGACUCAUACACAUUUUUCACCCAGUUCCAAAAUGGACAUCACCUUUUGAUGACAGGCCUGACAGGCACAAAUGUCAUGGACAUUCACGCUGUUUUAAUCAGAAGCCGAACUUAGUGAUGCCACAGACAUUGAGCUGUUCUGAUUAUGAAGGAAUCUGUAGGCAACCCGAAUGGAAUAUCUCUGUCCAGGCUGUUGAUAACGAAGACCUAAUGGACGGAUAUUGAUAGACAAGUGGGGGUCACUUUGUUGUUUUAAUUAGAUCAUGGAAACAGCUUCUUGAAACUAUGACAAUUCUUUUUUUAUAACAACUUUCUUCAGCAGUGUGAAGAAUUCUUCUGGUCAUUCUGAGUGGGCCAGGCUGAAAAAGAAGAGCUAACAAAACUCUUAUUAUUUAGCCUUGAGGAUGGCAUCCAGAGGGCAUCUUAAUUUUGUAAUCGUCUGUCGUCUAAGGUUGACCCACUGUAUUUUGAAACUGUACCCUCCUCAGAUGUUAAACAGGGGUUUGUCUCACAGGGGCUUGCUUCCCCCCCCCCCAUGCAUGGGAUGAUUUCCCCCCCGCCGCCGCCACCAUCUAGAGGUAUAUGGUUCAUGUCUGUAGAUGGUGGGGAGGAUGUGUUUGUGUAACAGUUCACUCAUGCAAGCCGGAACUGAGAUAGUGCAAGGUACUUGGUCAUUAAGGUCACUUGGGAUUCUUCAUGCACAUGGGACAGUUUCCUGCCCUUUAGACUUCAUGUAAACAGAGACACAGUCAUAAGAGACGUGACAUUGGGAGGAAUAAUUUUGUAUGGAAGCAAUACUGUGCUAACCUUGUAACUCUUUUCCCUGUGGAUCUGCUGAAGCAGUUUCUGAAGCUAAUACAGUGUCGUUGAACUUUUUGUGUACCACUGCAAAAUAAAGCAUUUUCUUCAAGAAUUGUUUAUUACACCCUGCCACGGGACGUCAGAGCAUCUAGCCUAAAUUCAUAUAUGAGACAA